AUGAAUUAAUAGAAUUUGCCAUUCAUAUAUACUAGUUAAGAAGGUAGAUCUUAUGUAUGCGAAGAAAAAAUUGGAUAAGGCGCUCAAGGAAUGAUAUAUAAAGGUUACAAAUAAGACCAACCAAAUCUAAAGGUAGCAAUAAAAUUUUCGGACGAUACUAGGGAUGAUGAAUUGUAAUUUUUGUAUAGACUCAAAAAAACAUCCAAUUAAUUUCAUCACAUCAUCUAGUACUAUGAUGUUGAUUAUGAUAAGAAUAGUUCAUUUAAAAAGUACUGCUUUGUUAUGGAAUUGGGCUCCAAAAAUUUACUAGAAGAGAUUUAAUUUACGAAUAAUAAGGAUGAAUCCCAGAAAAUAUAAAUUAUUUAAUAGAUUGCUUUUGGGAUCAAUGAGAUUCAUUAAUUUAAACAUAUUCAUAGAGAUAUUAAACCUGAAAAUAUUAUUUAAGUUGGUGAUAAAUGGAAACUGUGUGAUUUUGGAUUUCUUAAACAUCAAAUUAGUAAAAAUGUCACUUAAAAAGUUGGUACUCCAUAUUAUAUAGCUCCAGAAAUUGCUUUUUAAGAUCCUACUAAAAAUGUUUAGUAUAAUACUAAAGUAGAUAUUUGGUCAUUUGGAUGUAUCAUCUAUGAAUUUCUAACAGGUGAUUUGUUUUUUUAAGGAGAUUCAUAAGAGGAAGUGGUUUAAUAAAUUUAUAGUUAUUGUUAGAGUUAAAUAUCUAAUGCGAGAGAAAAAAAUAAGGAUAAUAGAUUCAAUAGGAUUAAAAAUCCUAAGUUAUAAAAAUUAUGCAAAUGUACAAUGACAGUUGAUCCUGAAUAACGAUAUGAUACUAAUUAAGUCAUUGAAGAACUUAAUAAUCUUAUCUAGGACAAACCUAUCAUUCCUAAAGAUGAUGCCAAUGAAAGGAAAACUAUCAAUAAUAAUACUCCUAACACUAAAUUUGUCCUUUAAAACCAAGCUAACAUGAAUACCCAGCCAUAAAUAUAAGCACCGACAUUUUUAUAAUCAAAUUUAGGAUAAAACAGUACUUUUAUUUCCACCCUUCAAAAGCCCCAAAGCUUCCAACAACAUAAUACUUUUCCAAGCAUUUAAUCUUUCCCUACAAAAGAUCAAAAGGCUUAACCCUAAAAUCUACCAUAAUUUUAAUUAAGUAAUAAUUAAUAGGCGUAGUAAUCAAUAUCAUAGAGUAAUUCAAAAAUAUAAUUAAAUACUUUAUAACCUUAAUAAUUUUAAUUCACCUAAACAUUUCCGAAACCUCCAUUUUAACCACAAUUUUUAACUAACACUCAACCACAAAUAACCUCUAUCAUAAAUUAACCAAAUAUAGAAUCAACCUAAAAUUUUCAAGGAAAUAAUAAUCAAAAUUAAAAUUAAGUUUAAGUAUAAGCAUUGAUGACUUAACAUCUGAAAAAAAUAGUAUAACCAAACUACGUUGAUUGCAUUCUAAACUAUUACUAAAAUUAAAAGAUUGACAAUAAUUGUAAUGAUGCAAUAGAUUAUCUUCAAAUCAUAGUUAAUUAUGUUAACAAUGAAGUUAGUUCUAAAGUUUAAAAUAUUACACCACUAGAUAAUAAAUGA